CGGGUUUCUCUUAAAGAGACAGCGACGCGCUUUAACACGACGUGGCGGAGAAUUAAAAAUAACUGCAAAUACCGAGAUAACGUGAUCGUUUACGUGCUACAGAAUUAUAAAUUACCAGCGCGUUUCAUACGGAGAAGACAGGCCGCAGUGACGGACACUCUUACGUGUGUGUUGUGUUUGUUUAGUGAAAGCCUCUUGGUUACACUUGGAAAGUAGUUGUUUGCCGACUUAGUGUUUUCCUGAUUUUUGGGGGGAUGUUGUGAGCUUCCUGUUGCGAGCGGGUCUGCGCUAAACGAGAAUAAAAACAAGAGGGAGACGAGAAAACGCAGCGAGCGCCGCAGCAGGGCGGGUUAAGAAAACUCAAACGACGCUUUCAUGAGGAAAACACGUUGUAACAACUGUGUGGGGAGAGUUACAAAACUAACAACAUUUUAAAACUCCGAUCAUUUCAUAAAUACAAAGAAAUCAACACUACGAUCUUCAAGUCGACUGAACGCGCUAUUAACUAGAGCACACCUGAGUAUUGUCAUUUCAUUAAUAAUAAUAAUAAUAAUAAUAAUAAUAAUAAUAAUAAUAAUAACAGCAGCAGCAGCAGCGGAGGCGGCGGGGCGCUGUCUGUAUCCGGAGCGGGAUACAGUGUAACGAUUCUUCCGCGGAUCCCUUCCUACCGGGUCCAGCCUGCAGACUGCCGUGCAAGCGCGCUGCGUGCGGCUCCCCAAGCGCUUGCAUGACUCGCUAGACGAGCUCCGACUGUGGGAAUAAAGCCAGCCCGCCCGCCCGCAGGACACCAUGGGUCCUGGGAUGUGCUCCCGCCGGCAGAAAGGUCUGCUGCAGACGGGUCUGUGUCUGCUCACCCUCGCCAGCCUGUGCGGAGGACUGUACCUCUACAGCGGCCUGCAGGACAGGGUGAAGUCGUUCGAGUCGCUGUCUGUGAAAUACAAACAGCAGCAGGACGCGCUUUCUGCACAACUGCAGGUUGUGUAUGAACACCGAUCGAGGCUGGAGCGCUCGCUACAGAAAGAGAGAGGAGAGCACAAGAAGAGCAAAGAAGAUUUCCUGGUGUACAAACUAGAAGCACAAGAGGCUUUGAACAAAGAGAAGCAGGACUCUAUGAACCGCUACAGUGCACUCAGCUCACAGCACAGGAUAGUCAAGAACCAGCUGGAUGACGUCCGGACCCAGCUGCAGGCUCUGCACUCCCAGCACAGUGAGCUGCGUCUCAGCCAGCGACGCGCGCAGGAGGAGAGCAGCCAGCGGGAGGCGCUGCAGCGCAAGGAGCAUGAGAACGAGGUCAGCGGCCUGCAAGACACGAUUCUGAAGCUGAAGGAAGAGAGCAAGCUGCUGAGGAAGGCGCACCAGGACGUCCACUCCCAGCUGCUCAGCGCUCAGGCACAAAUGCAGGAGUUCCGGCAGCUCAAGGAGGCCCUGCACAGAAUCCCCAGCUUCAACCCCACGCAGGCACUGGCAGGGCAGCUAAGGGGUCCUCGGGACAGCCAGCCGCAGGCCCCCAAUCAGAAGAGUCCUACACACUCCGAUCCGCUACCUGAAAUCCAGAAUCCGGGAGGGACCAGGAACAAGGACACGCCCACUGUGAACAAGGACAGCCCUCCGAUUGGCCAGCAGGAGGAGCAGGGGCGGGACCAGAACUCUGUGAGCCGAGGAGGCGGGGCGGCCCGAUUCACACGCACCGUCAACAGCCUCCCGGAUCAGAAGGUUACAGUCCCAGCCAGCCAGUCAGAAACGAAGACACCGGCAGCUCAAGCUGAUAGGCUGACUGGGGACCAGGCAGCCAAUAGGAAGAGCACCUUUGCAGUUUCCAUGGAGAAGAAGGCGGGGAUUGAGGCAGGGGAUGAGCAAGCUGCAGUGGAGAGCUGGGAGAGCAUCAUCAGGAAAGUGAAUUCUAACAGCUGGCAGGACAGGAGCUUCCUGGGCUCCAAUCGGAAGGCAGGAUCGGAACACCUGCAGGAGGCCAAUCACAGUGAGGAUGUGAAAGAGGGGCCGGACCAGGAGGAGGAGCUUGAGACAGAUGCAGAGCUGGACGGCAGAGAGGAGCUACAACAGGGGAGGGGCCUUGUAGCCCAGGAGCCAAUGAUGCCUGAUGUGGAGGCGGACCCAGCUCAGGACCCCAACAACCAGGGUGAGGACGAGUUCGAGGAGGCGGAGAUAGAACACCCAGCAUUCGAGGAGGAGGGGCUUGCUAAGGGAGGCCCCGCCCAUGACAAGGUCAGAGAGCCGGGGCUGUUCAUCAAAGAGGAGCUGAGACAGAAUCCCAGCCUGGAUGAUCCUCCUGUUGCCCCCGACGACGGACAGGAAGCUGCAGAGGAGUACGAGGAGGACCAGGAGAACGAGAAUGUAAUCAAUCAAUCAGACGACGUCGGGGGGGAAGUGGAUGAGAACGAGGAUCUGGAGCUCGUGCAGGACGAGGGGAAUGGAGAGAACGUGGCGGGAAGGAAUCGAGAGAAGGAGCAGUACUGAUGAGAGAGAGAGAGAGAGAGAGAGAGAGCCUCACGCUGUAGCACUCCCCACAGCAACACUACAGCUCUCCCAGUCCCUCUGCUCUAACCACUAGAUCACACGGCCCCCGAGUCAGUGCAGCGCCUUCGUGUAUGUCUGUGUUCUGAGUCCCCGCCUCUCUCGAGAGCUCUGAGUCCCCGCCUCUGUAUAGAGCUCUGAGUCCCCGCCUCUGUAUAGAGCUCUGAGUCCCCGCCUCUGUAUAGAGCUCUGAGUCCCCGCCUCUGUAUAGAGCUCUGAGUCCCCGCCUCUGUAUAGAGCUCUGAGUCCCCGCCUCUGUAUAGAGCUCUGAGUCCCUGCCUCUGUAUAGAGCUCUGAGUCCCCGCCUCUGUAUAGAGCUCUGAGUCCCCGCCUCUGUAUAGAGCUCUGAGUCCCCGCCUCUGUAUAGAGCUCUGAGUCCCCGCCUCUGUAUAGAUCUCUGAGUCCCCGCCUCUGUAUAGAGCUCUGAGUCCCCGCCUCUGUAUAGAGCUCUGAGUCCCCGCCUCUGUAUAGAGCUCUGAGUCCCCGCCUCUCUAUAGAUCUCUGGAUUGGUCUCUGGUUCAGUGUCUCUCUAUAGAUCUCUGGAUUGGUCUCUGGUUCAGUGUCUCUCUAUAGAUCUCUGGAUUGGUCUCUGGUUCAGUGUCUCUCUAUAGAUCUCUGGAUUGGUCUCUGGUUCAGUGUCUCUCUAUAGGUCUCUGGAUUGGUCUCUGAUGCUCCGAGUCCGGCUCACCCUGACGUUUCUAUCCACCUUGAGUGAAACAAUAGUUUGUUUUUAUAAAGAAAUCUGCCCUUGGUGUGCCUUUGAGAAACAGAGAGAGAGAGACGCAGACACCCCC